AGGGCCGCUUUAUCAAUCCGUCGAGCUUUAUCAGCUUAUCGGUGAUGCUUGGCGCAUUUACAUUGUACUUUUAGAAGAAAGUGUCCAUUUGGAUCCAUAAUCUUCUUUCAUGGACUUCUUUUAAUAGUGCGGUCAGGACGGAGUUGUAUUUAUAUUCUACAAAGAUAUUAUUACGAUUAUUACGACUGUUACGAUUGUUACGAAUUACGGAUAGUCAAGAUGUUGGAUACCUUUGAGAUUCUUACUACCUCUGGAGUUGUACUCUGGUCGAAACAAUUUUCCCCCGUCAGCCCUGCGGUUAUUAACAGCCUUAUUACGAAUGUCUUCAUUGAAGAACGUACUUUACCUGGCGCCGGAGUUGCAGAUGAUGUUUCGGCUGCGAGAAAUCCUCCCUUUAAACACGAUCAACACACUUUAAAAUGGACGACAUGCAAGGAAUUAGGCUUGAUAUUUGUGGUGCGUUAAGCCAGUCCCGUGGCGCAACUUUUUGAAUGUCCGUAGCUUUUCAUACUGAAUUAUCUCGCAGGUUGUGUACCGGUCAUUGUUACACCUCUCAUGGAUUGACAAACUGGUGGAUAACGUUAAAACAAUUUUCGUGGACCUAUAUGGCGAUCAAUUGAAAAAACCGCAUACAACUGUAGUUGAAUGUCCUUUUGAUGAAUAUUUCGACCAACAAGUGCGAGAAUUGGAGAAGAAUGCCUUGAAUCAGGAUACUAGAGUUGCGGAGGCCUCCGCCUUUGAAGAGUCUAUUCCCCUGAUCUCUACAAUCUCAGAUGAUGAGGCACCACCAUUGCCCGGAUCACUGUCGAGAGGUAUGCGCCAGCGGAUCUCUUUAAUGCAAACUUACUAACAUUUUCUAGGGCAGUCUAGGAAUAAUGUUAAAGACCUCCCUUCGCCCGAAUUGACCCCUCUUGGAACACCCAAUUCACGGCCGAGUACACCUGCGAGCCACAUAUUGAGCGCGAAAGCAGGACCCGGCGGAAAGGUUUCUCGAAGGGCUAGAAAAGCUGCCCAAACCCCUACGUAUGCUUCAUCCGGGGACGAAUCCCACAAGAAGGUUAGAAACGCGAAAGCUGGGCCAAAGAAGGGAAGAAAGUGGGAUGCAGAAGGAAUGGUAGAUGAGGAUAGUGAUACCCCACUCGACUAUUCUGCGCCUGCAAAUGGAGCAACUUCAGGGGAAGAUGAGGGUCGUCCGGGUGCCGUGGAAGGAGUCGAACAAACCUCUUGGGGCUCGAAGACUGGGAAAGGACAAUUCGUAUUGAAGGAUCUUGAAAACGAGGUCCACUCAAUCUUAGAUUCCGCAAAUGCCAAAAAGGCAGUAUCCAUGGCCUCAUCAGCUGGUCUAGUAGGAUCUAGUUUCAGUGCUAUUGGAGGGUUAUUUAGGAAUGUCGUCGGGGGAAAGACUUUGACCAAGGAAGAUUUGGAUAAAGCUAUGAAAGGAAUGGAGGACCAUCUAUUACGAAAAAAUGUUGCUCGCGAAGCGGCAAUGAGAUUAUGCGAAGGUGUAGAGCGGGAAUUAAUAGGGGUAAAGACCGGAAGCUUUGAGAGUAUGUAUCACACAUGUAUUGACAUUGAAUUACCACUAACUAUCUUAAGGCGUCCAAGCAAGAAUUGCAACAGCCAUGGAAUCCUCACUAAGGAAAAUCCUUACACCUACAUCAUCUCUUGAUCUUCUUCGAGAAAUUGACGCUGUAGUCUCACCUCCAGCUUUGUCAUUGAAGAAAAAAAGACCAUACGUCAUGUCUAUUGUCGGAGUCAAUGGUGUCGGCAAAUCCACAAACCUUUCGAAGAUUUGUUACUUCCUUUUACAAAACAAGUACAAGGUCCUCGUUGUAGCUUGUGAUACUUUCAGAUCUGGAGCCGUGGAACAAUUGGCCGUGCACGUCCGAAAUUUAAAAGAGCUCACCGCGAGAGAAGGUGGCCAGGUAGAACUCUACCAAAAGGGAUACGGAAAAGAUGCCGCAAACGUAGCUAAGGAUUCAGUUUCAUUCGCCGCCCAAGAAGGCUACGACGUAGUUUUAAUCGACACAGCCGGUCGUCGCCAUAACGAUCAACGCCUCAUGUCCUCGCUUGAAAAAUUUGCCAAAUUCGCUCAACCAGAUAAAAUUCUCAUGGUAGGCGAGGCACUUGUAGGCACGGAUUCAGUAGCGCAAGCGCGAAACUUUAACGCGGCCUUUGGCCAAGGGAGAUCGCUGGAUGGUUUCAUCAUUAGUAAGUGUGAUACUGUGGGAGAUAUGGUUGGAACCCUGGUUAGUAUGGUUCAUGCUACGAAUGUCCCGGUGCUGUUUGUGGGUGUUGGUCAGCAUUAUAGUGAUUUGAGGAACUUGAGUGUUAAGUGGGCGGUGGAGAAAUUGAUGGCGGGAAAUUAAGCGGAUGGUUUGUUCUGUUCCUUCUUCUAGGUCUAGGUCUAAGUUUUAACUCGGGUAUGUGCUAUAUGAAUAUAAUAGUAGCAUGCACCAAAUUCCAUUUAAUACCUUCAAAUAUUGAA